AUGACCAUCUGCAGAAUAUCUGGCUGGUUUGAGCUUCCGCUAACUUCCCCACGGGACGACGAGACGCCUCUAGGUCUCCCCCCAGGAAUAACCUCGAGCUGUCCUACGACGACGACGACACCAUUAACUACGCCGCCGAGGACAACCGACCCCGUGACGCUGAUCGCGGUCGCCUACGCGAUUGGCAUCGUGACAGGCCAGAGUACCGCCCCAGAGACUACGACGAUCGCUACUAUCAUGGACCGCCGCGUGAGGCCUACCAGCCACGUCCUGGAUCGAGAGAUCAAGGCGGUGGUGGGCAUGACUAUGUGGAUCGCCGUGAUGAAGACCCUCCGCUACUUCACCCACAUGACGGCGACGACCGCGGACCACGUCGUUACGAUCGAGGUGGCCGGGGCUACCCUCGCUCUCACCACGACGAUGGCACUCGCCGCGAUGAUGCCCGACGUGGUCCUGACGAGGAUUUUCGUCAUCUUUCCCCCUCUCCAGGUCGCAGCCCAGGUCGCUAUUCUCGUCGCGAUCGCUCUGCAUCGCCUCUUCGACAAGCUGGUGCUCCGAGCCGGCUUAUCCAACUACCCAGCCGUCGACAUCCGCCUCCCGUCGGGGCGAGGCCAGCGCCGUGCUUUCGUACAAUUCGACAACAUCGAUGACGCCGUGGAGUUCGUCAAGGAGAAUUACCCCAAGCUGACGCUUGACUUUGCUGGUUUGGUGGACGGUGACGCUGAUGGGAUGACCUCUAUCUACAUCCACUACGCAAGGAGCCGCGAUGACGCCGAGAGGGACAACCGUGCCGGCCUCUCCCCUAACUGGAACUGUCCGACGUGCGACUUUUCAAACUACGCAACGAGAAGUCGCUGCAAAAACUGCGGUGGUCCGCCAACGGAUCCAUCUCAAUACCGGCAUCUCUUGACCGGUGAAAGUGAUGCGGCUGAUACACCCUCGCAGAUCCUGGUAUUUUUCCCUUUGGCAACUUCGGUCAAUGAGGAUGUAUUCUCUGCGGGCGCCAGCAAGCUUCAGCUGGUGCAGAAACCCGCAGCAUCAAGAGGCUCUGGCGACCAGCCUAAACUCAAAUCCACUGCGCCGACCGGCGACGCAUCCGGCUACGGCGCAAGGCCAGGCUCGCUCCAUCGCACGUUCUUGAUGCGAGACCAAGACACGAACGAGUCGUUCAACUUUGGCUUUGCUGAAUUUUGGACCGUGGAGGACGCCUUGGCGGCGAUGCAAAAGUUCAAGAUGAUGCGCGAGUUCACCAUCGCCUCGCAGCCCGUGACGGUCUCAACCAUUCAUCUGGGCGUCUUCGUUCCAGAACUUCGAGAGGUCACCCGUGCCAUCGAGCGCAUCUCGUUCAAUCCGCUAUUUAACCCAUCAAUCCGUGUCAAGUACUGGGAGCCGCACGUCUAUCCCAGUCAGAGAGUGAUCACCGAGGCACCUCCUGGCGGCACAUCUGCAGACGGAAGCAAGACCGACGCCAACGAUGAAUCCAAAAAGAGCAAAAAACGCAAGGCGGACGGAAGCAUGCCUUCCUCAACGGCCAAAAAGUCAGUGCCGAUGGCUGGUCAAAUGGCGUUCUGGCAGAGGCGGCACGACGAGAUCCACGAGGGCAAGCGAGUCGCGGACCUGCCCGUCGGCAACGACAACGGCGGCGACCAGCGUCAGUCCGAAGAGCGUGCUCCAAUCAAGAUACCUCUGUCUGGAUCGAAUGCAAUCUCCACCGGUCCGAUCAAAAUUUCGCUCACGGGGGCGAGCUUAUCGAGAUCACCGGCACCGACAGCAACGCCACCUAGUGAGGCAACCGCCAGGGAAUCCGGUGGCCCAACCUCGGUACCGACAUCGACGACGGGCGGCAGAACUCCAGACCCGACGCCGGUGGCGGCGGAAGCAACACCAGUAUCAUACGUCGACCGCGAAAAGAUUUGCUGCCUGAUCUGCAUGAUGAAAUACAAGACGCUGGAGGAUCUUAACACCCACGAGAAGUCGAGGAACCACAAGAACGCCAUGGCGGACGCGGACAAGGUCAAGGCCGCCAAACCGCGGUUGGCCGCGCGGGACAAGAGGAUGGCGAAGCAGGCGGAGGAGCAGCCGAAGGAGGAGUCGGGGCCGCAGUAUCGAGACCGGGCCAAGGAGCGCAGAGAGGUCUUCAACCAGCCCGCGAAACCCAAGGUGGCCCCUGUGCAAGGGGCCGGCAAGCCCGCGCGCAAAGACGACAAACAAGCGGCCGCUCGCCCGCCCGCCGAGAAGAAGACAACGCCGCCCCCGGCCCCGCCGCAGUCCAAGGGCGCGGGGAUGCUGGCGAAGAUGGGGUGGAGCACGGGGCAGGGGCUUGGCGCCAAGGGCGACGGCCGCACCGAGGUGAUUGCGACACACGCGUAUCAAGAGGGCGUCGGUCUCGGCGCUGAGGGCGGCAACCUCGGCGACGCUGCGGAGCUGGCGCAGCGCAAAACGACGAACAGCUACGCCGAGUACGUCAACACGGUGCAGGACCGGGCCAGGGAGCGGUAUAACAAGAUGGGUUGA